AUAACUUAUUCGAUGGGCUGUCUCGCGGUUUAUAGCGUUUAUAGGUUAAAGUGACUCAAGCACGUUCUGGGAAAUUCUAGAGCAUUCUAUAGAUUCCGCCGGCCGAGUAAACCUUUGCAUUCCACAUUUCCAAAACUUCAUUCUCAUUAAAUCUACUACAAUGUCUGGAGCAGUAAAGAGAUUAUUGCCCUUGUUGGAUAGAGUUUUGGUCAAAAAAGCUGAUGCCAUCACUACAACAAAAGGAGGAAUUGUUAUUCCUGACAAAGCUGCAGCAAAAGUCCUGAAGGCAACAGUUGUAGCCGUAGGGCCUGGAGCAAGAAAUAAAAAUGGAGAUCACAUUCCCCUUGCUGUCAAAGUUGGGGAUAACGUAUUACUUCCAGAAUAUGGUGGAACUAAAGUUGAAAUCGAAGAGAAUAGCGAAUACCAUCUAUUCAGAGAAUCUGACAUCCUAGCUAAAAUAGAAAAUUAAAAAAAAUUACAAAAUUUUGGUUAAUAAACUUGUUUUACGUUCUCUAUGAGAAUGAAGGCUUUUGGAGGUAUGAUCUUACAUUACUAGGCUUGUGCUGUCCAAGAAGCCUUUCCUGGAGUUUUCUGUAAAAUUUCAUAGACAUUUCUGAAAACUCAUUUUUUGUACCUAGUCCCAAAAUGUAGAAAUAUGUUGAAAUAUAUUAUAUAUAAAAU